AUGAAGCUUGUUUUUGGAGCUGUUCGUCCAUGCACACCAACUAUAUCAAAAAACAUAGUGGCCACCAUGCACUACUACUAUGCCAUUGCCAACAACAACAAUAAUAAACGUAGCAGCAGCAGCAGCAUAGAAAUCUCUUGCAGCUCACUCAAGCACGGUGCCUUAAAACGAAGCCUCGCAACUCAGUCAGCUAAGCUUGGAAAAAGGUGGAUGGAAUUUCAAGGACUCAACAACUGGGAAGGCUUGCUCGAUCCUCUAGACGAUAGCCUACGCAGCGAAAUUCUAAGGUACGGCCAGUUUGUUGAGGCAGCCUAUCGUUCUUUUGACUUUGACCCGGAAUCCCCGACUUAUGCCACGUGUCUCCACCCCAGAAGCUCACUUUUUACUCGGACCAGAGUUGGGGAAACCGGAUACAAAAUCACCAAGAACUUGAGAGCCACUUGUGGGGUCCAAUUGCCACGUUGGAUCGACCGGGCUCCAGCGUGGCUGUCCACCCAAUCUAGCUGGAUUGGAUACGUGGCAGUAUGUCAAGAUCAGAGAGAAAUACAAAGGCUUGGAAGACGUGACGUGGUGAUUUCCUAUAGGGGAACCGCCACGUGUCUAGAGUGGGUUGAGAAUUUACGUGCCAAUUUGACCAAUGUUGGUCCCAAUCAAGUGGGGUCCAUGGUUGAGAGUGGGUUUUUGAGUCUAUACACUUCGGAGACUGCCAUAUGUCCAAGCUUGCAAAAAAUGGUGAGGGCUGAGAUCGAGAGAGUCAUAGAAAUGUACGGUGAUGAGCCACUAAGCUUCACGAUCACUGGUCACAGCCUUGGUGCGGCAUUGGCUACGCUCACAGCGUAUGAUAUCACCACCACUCGUGAAAAUGCACCAAUGGUGACUGUGAUUUCGUUCGGUGGGCCACGUGUGGGUAACAAAGGGUUUAGGUCACAGCUAGAAAAGAGUGGGACUAGGAUACUCAGGAUUGUGAACUCCGAGGAUGUCAUUACCAAAGUGCCUGGAUUUGUGUUCCGAGAUGAUGACAUGGCGAGCAAAGAGAGUGUCCACGUGGCGGCUGGGAUUUCAGGUUGGGUUCAGAAAUGCGUGGAAGACAUGCAAUGGGUUUAUGCUGACGUGGGACAAGAGCUUAGACUUAGUAGUAAGGUCUUACCGUCCCUCAACAAGAGGGAUAUGGCCACGUGUCACGACCUCAAGACUUACCUUCACCUUGUGAAUGGUGUAGAAGCAUUGGAUGAUUUGCCUCCGCUAGUUGAUGCUGAUGUUGAUAACGUAUCCAAAAAGAAGCAAGUUGAUCCCUCACAUGUGGCCUCAAAUGAAACAAGAUCUCAAAGGAAUCAAAGUCAUGCUACUAUGAUUGAAGAUGUUGUUUACCAAGAUUUGUCUAAACAACUUGAUAAGGUUGCUUCUGCAAUAGAAAAUAUUUUUGAAAAUCAGCUAAAUUUUGGUAAUCUUUAUGAAAAAGUUAUGAAGAUGGAUGGGUUUGAAGAAAAUAUGCUUGUGUCUCAAUUUGACCAUUUGAAUGGGGAUAAGACAAUGGCUACAAAACUUCUUUGA